GGGGCAGCUGCCCCUGACGAGAGCCGCGGCGCUCGUGACAGGCGGACGAGGAGCAGACGGCUUCACUCGACACCACCACCACGACUCAGCAUCAGCAGCCAUUCACCAUCCCCAUCAUGUCAGCUCCCCAGCGCUACGAUGUGGUCGUGGUCGGAGCUGGGAUCUCUGGGCUGUACGCUGCGCGCCACCUCGCACACCACGGAGUCAACGUCCUGGUGCUGGAGGCGCGCGACCGCGUCGGGGGUCGAACCUUCACCAUCCAGGGCCCCGAGUUCGGCUACGUGGACGUGGGGGGCGCCUACGUGGGGCCCACCCAGGACCGAAUCCUGGGCCUGGCGCGCGAUCUGGGCGUGCAGACCUACCGCGUGAACGAGCGGGAGCGCCUCCUGUACUACAAGCACGGCCGUGCUUCCCCUUUCCGGGGGGCCUUCCCCACGCUCUGGAACCCUUUGGCCAUCCUCGACCUCAACAACCUCCUGCGCACGCUGGACCACAUGGGGGAGGAGAUCCCGGCUGAUGCCCCCUGGGAUGCCCCGCACGCCCUUGAGUGGGAUCAGAUGAGCAUGAAGCAGCUGCUGGACAAACUGUGCUGGACCAAGGUGACGCGGGACUUUGGCACGCUGUUUAACAUCUUUGAUGCUGCCCGGUAG